AAAAAUAUUCACAACAUCCAUUGCAGGAAAUUAGAAAUUUAACAACGGGGAAAAGCCAGAUUCGAAAACGCAAGAAAUUACAAUGUGGCAACAAACUGCUCAAAGAAUUGAUGAUCCAGGUGAGGAUGGUACGAGGCUCUCACCCAUUGAAAUCGAUGGACUUUCACAAAAGCUAGGGGGAGAUUAUUACAGACUUGGACUUCGUGCUGGGUUGUCAGACGAGGUUACCAACAUAAUGAACAACAAUUUUCAAUUUCCUAGUCCAGAAAGAAAAGCUGCAGAAGUACUGAAAAGAAUAAACAACAGGUUGAACUUUAGUCGGAUGGAGCUAGCUGAUAAUUUAGAGAAAAUUGGCUUUGGAAGAUUGGCCGACGACUUAUUACGAGGAAGAUUGCGAUAGACGGAUAGAAUCACCUUACAAUUCCCGUAUAACAUACAGCUUUAGUUAUUUGUGCUUUAUACCAUAAAAAUUUGCAACAAUGAGUUGCUCAACUACUUUACACUUUUUUAAACUCCAAUUUAUAGUAAAUUAUGCACGUGUAAAGAUAAAUCGAGCUGUGUCGUAUUUUGAUAAGUCCUUAUUAGUAGAGAAAACAAUCAAAUAAAGGUAAAUAAUCUCUAUGGUUGAAAUACUGCAAUCAGGUAGUUGAUUUGAACUUAAGAAUGGGAUUUCAUGUAAUAUCUAGACACAUGUCAAGUUAAUAAGAACAUAUUUUAAAACGUUUUUGUACCUCUAUUUAACAGAAAAAACAGGCAUUUAAUUGCAUAGAUGUAAUUGGCACCAAUGUAAUGUAAUUUAUGUCAAACUUCAUAAAACCAGGGUAAAAUAAAGUUUAUGUAAAGAUUGUA